AUGUGGCACGCUGCGGCGGAUCGACCGCACCCUAGCCCCCGCAAGCAAUCGAUUUCUCGUCGCGCCGGGACCGAGUCAUAUGCCCAGCCCGAAUCCUUUUUUCUCUUGCGGCGGGACGAUAUGGACCAUUCAGAGAUGGCUGGAUAUGGGCGGCUACAAGAUACUGCAUAUGGAGUACAAAGCCUCGACGAGGCCCCUAGGACUCCUGAGAAAGAGCCUCAAAUGCCACCACAUGACGAAAGGUAUGAGCUAGAGGAUGAUAUGAGACCUACCACUCUAUGUAGGACAGCCACGGCCAGACCGAUCAACACCAGUGAGGCCGAACCGAGAAAGCUGCCUUUGGCCGUUGCAGAUAGUCAAAUACUGGAUAACGUACCAUCCCUCCCUUUAACUCCUUUAAUACCCGGGUCACCCGUUGCACUGGGAUCGUUAAAUGGAAGCCCUGAGUCGAUUUCUACCCGGUCAUUCCGUCGAUCUGAUGAUAUCUCAAUAUCCGACGAAACUAGCAGCCGCGCAUUAGAAUCUAGCGAUGACGAAGCCUUAGAAGGCAGGAGUUUCCUUCAGAGCAGCGCUCCACAACUUGUAAUGCCGAGCAUACGGAUGCCCAGUCGACGACCAUUUACGGAUAGAGGUAAAUCUCUUGGAAGGCUAAAGGUUAUGGUUGCUGGUAGCACAGGUCUUGGGAAAACGUCCCUGUUAAAGUCCAUUGUGCAAACUUGCGAAGAUAUCGUUCAUGUCGACCCUCUUCCUCAAAAUACGUCACAUACUCGCCAUAGCACUUCUAAACAAGCCGACAUUUUCCCUGUCGCCAAACCUCGACGGCCGCGGGCCAUCCCAUCAGUGACAGAAGUUUACGCAAGUACUAAGCCAUAUCCAGCAUGGUGGUCAGAUCUUGAAGACUCGAGAGUGUUGCGGAGGAGGAAGAGUCUAGGCGAUGUUGUUCUGGAGCGAAAUAUUUGUUUUGUGGAUACCCUCAACUCGGGUACGAAUCGACACGAUCAGACUGGUUUGGAGAUUCAGUACAUGAUGAAGCAGUUUCAUAGGGCUACCGCCGCAAUUGAUUCCACGAAUGCUGACCUUCAAAGCCUACUCAGCGGGAAUGGGGGUGCUCAGGUUGAUGCUAUACUAUACCUCAUUUCUGACGAUACCAUUACGUCUGAUAUUCAAUGCAUAAAGCGUCUAUCGGAGUUCAGCAAUGUGAUCCCGUUGAUUGCCAAGGCUGAUACACUUUCUACAAGUCAGAUACAAAAAUUGAAGACAUCAUUUCUCCAAAAAAUGAGAGAGCAUGGCAUCCGAACUUUCUUUGGGCACCCAUCACCGGAGGAACAUGAUUCUUCCACUCCAUUGGCUCCAUUCUCAGUCUCAUCUGCAACCGCAAAUGACGAUGAGAUGAUGGAUGCAAGUGUUUUGAUGAGCCCCGAGUAUGUACAACCUCUAGUAGCGUCUGAGCUGGGCCUACUUAUCGACAGAAUGUUCACCCAAGACAAUUUCACUUGGUUUCGACAUUCAGCGGCAAAAAAGCUAGUCCAAUCCUGCAGUUCGCGUGAGCCCCUACGUGCAAAAGAGUUGGCUUCCACAAGCUCUACGAUAUCGGACCUUGGCAUCUCCCAGUUUAAUACUCCAUUUUCAUCUAUUUCCAACUCGCAGGUUCUCGAAGCUCGUCGGCACGGGGGUGGCCUUUCGGAAUACGCCUUAGCUAGGGUAUCCGACUUUACACAGCGUGAGGAGAACUUCGCUCAAGUUAAGCUCGCAAAAUGGGCAAUAGACUUGCAAAACAGUCUUCAGAAUGAAAGAAAACAAUAUGUGAGGCUAGCUCAGAACGAAAGAGUGGCGUGGUUAACUGAGCGGCUGGACGAAUGUGUGACUGACGGAACGCUUGUCCCCAUUGGACAAGUUUCUUCUUUCCAGAAAGAAAAGGGCGUUCUAACGUUGCAAAGACAUGAUGGCCGGCAUCUCCAAUACUGCGUUGCCGGCAUGAGCCCGCAUGACCCCCUUGGGUUGAUUCGAAUGAAAGAAAAUAUGAAACGGCGAGGAUGGGUUGUACUCCAGGUCAUCGGAGGCGUAGGCGUGGUGGGAGGGCUAGCAUUUUGGCUUGCAAAAACAUUGGGAUAUGUAUCUCAGGAUCUCUCAAACUGGGUUCGAAUUUUUUAA